AUGGCGGGGCUAGCAGCAGAAGCAUCUCAGUUUGACGAGCGUCACUAUGAUGCCAAAAUGAAGGAGUAAUUUCCAUCUUGAAUCUUUUGAUUGCAGAAUCUUAAUUCAGCCCCUUUUUUGAGGCAUUUAUGUCGUCUAGCUCAUUUCUGCUAUUAAAUACAGGCUUCAAGAAGAAGGACAAGAUUUCUUUACUUAUUAUGAUGAGGUUUAUGAGAGCUUUGAUUCUAUGGGCCUGCACGAGAACCUGCUCAGAGGCAUUUAUGCCUAUGGUAACACGAUAAAAAAAUAAAAAUAAAAUCUCCUGGUUCAUUUUUUUAUUGUGUAUUCGCUAUUUACUUCCUGGUUAAUCCACCAAAUCUUCUUCUGCACAGGUUUUGAGAAACCUUCUGCUAUACAGCAGAGAGGAAUUGUUCCUUUUUGCAAAGGAUUGGAUGUUAUUCAACAGGCGCAGUCAGGAACUGGGAAAACCGCAACAUUUUGUGCUGGAAUUCUGCAUCAGAUUGACUACAGCUUGGUGGAGUGCCAGGCAUUGGUCCUUGCACCAACUCGUGAGCUGGCCCAACAGAUUGAGAAGGUCAUGCGGGCACUCGGCGACUACCUCGGUGUGAAAGUUCAUGCAUGUGUGGGAGGAACGAGUGUUCGUGAGGAUCAGCGCAUUCUGUCAAGUGGGGUUCACGUCGUUGUUGGUACGCCAGGGCGCGUUUUUGACAUGCUACGGAGACAGUAUCUGCGGCCCAACUCCAUUAAGAUAUUUUCUUUGGAUGAGGCUGAUGAAAUGCUCUCUCGGGGCUUCAAAGAUCAGGUCUCUCUUUGUAUAACUCGUGAUUACUAUUUUCUUUCGCAUUGCUACUGUGAAAAUGAUGUGUGGGGGGUUUUUGGAGAAUAAUUCAUUGUCUGCCUUUGAUUUCUUCUCCUGUUAUAUUUUGCACGUAUUUGGUUCUGUGCACUUUAAACAAGUGUUACUUUAGAUUCACUUCGGAUUUAGAAAUUAAUAAUUGAUUUGUUGCUGGCGGUUAUCAUUGAUUUUAGAGAACAGUCAAGAAAUCAUAAUGUAGUGACAUGCUACUACGCUGCAGUGCUCUUUUUUUUUUUUUUUUUGGAUUCCUAGGAGAAAGCAAUUUGAAUGGUGAGGGGAAUGACGCUUCAAUGGGUCACUGCCCCUUUUUUUGCUUCUGGAACGUGUUGAAUUCCUUUGUAAUUUCACUGGAUAUUUUUUCUUAAUGAAGAAUAAGAAGCUUCUUUCUGUGUCUUUGUGCAAUCGCAUCUUGUUCUCUGACUAUUCCUUGUGUUUUUUUGUUUCUUGCAUCUGAUUACAUACUGAAUGAAGUUGAAGAAUCCUGUGAUUCUUUGUGGUACAAUCGGUGGAAAUCUGUCUGGAAAUUGCAAACAGUUAAUCGCUUUCUUGUCCCUUCAUCUCAUGUUCACAUUAUUUUUUUCUUCUACCAGAUCUACGAUAUCUUCCAGCUUCUCCCUUCGAAGAUUCAGAUCGGGGUCUUCUCUGCCACUAUGCCUCCAGAGGCUCUUGAGAUCACCCGCAAGUUCAUGAACAAGCCGGUGAGGAUCCUGGUCAAGAGAGAUGAGCUCACUCUGGAGGGUAUCAAGCAAUUCUACGUGAAUGUCAACAAGGAGGAGUGGAAGCUCGAGACCCUGUGCGAUCUCUACGAGACACUGGCCAUCACCCAGAGCGUCAUCUUCGUGAACACCCGCCGCAAGGUUGACUGGCUCACCGAUCAGAUGAGGAGCAGUGAUCACACUGUGUCGGCAACACACGGCGACAUGGAUCAGAACACAAGGGACAUUAUCAUGAGGGAAUUCCGAUCCGGGUCGUCUCGGGUGCUCAUCACCACCGAUCUCCUUGCCCGUGGGAUCGAUGUCCAGCAGGUUUCUCUGGUCAUAAACUAUGAUCUGCCGACCCAGCCGGAGAAUUACCUCCAUCGAAUUGGGCGGAGUGGCCGGUUCGGCAGGAAGGGUGUCUCGAUCAACUUUGUCACCCAGGACGAUGAGCGGAUGUUGUCCGACAUCCAGAGGUUCUACAAUGUCGUCAUUGAGGAGCUUCCUUCCAAUGUUGCUGACCUCAUUUGA